AUGUCUGACCUUAGCCAAGUAGCCGUGUACUCAGACUCCUCAGACAUUUAUAAGGUGAGUGAGGAUGAUGAGAUGGAUGAUGAUGAUUUUUGUUUUUUAAUUGCGAUAAUCUGUUGGCAUGUCCACACAACUCUGUUAUGCUUUUCCCAGAAUGUGUUCUGCAACCCUGCCUUCGAGCUGGAAGGGGAGCGAGAGGAGAGGGUGGAGGGAUUCAGGACCUCCUCAUCCACCCCUGAACCAAUCAAACCACCAGCAGCUGGCCUGGGCUGGGGUGUGUUUGGGGUGUGUGUUAUGCGUCUGCGAGGACCAGGUUGUGGCUGGGGGGUGGUGGUGGUCUCUGUUGCUGCCCUGCUCUUGGUAGCUGCCAUUGGACUGGCGCUGGCCCUUAUCCUCACACAGAUCAAAGGCCAGGCAGUUGAGGAGCAGUUGCUGUCCACCAGCCCUCCAGAUCUGCUGAGUGCAGGAGAUGGAGGGUCCCAUAUUUUACCAACGAUCCCUGCCAACAGAAGUCAGCAGGACAGUUCAGCAGCACCACAGCCUGCUAGGAUCCCCCCACCUGAAACACGUUGUGGAGGAGUUCUGACUGACACAGAGGGCAGUUUCAGUUCACCUAACCACCCCGGCUCCUACCCUCCCAACUCCCUGUGUGUGUGGGUGAUCAGAAUCCCGCCCCCCUCCUUGGUUCAGAUCCAUGUUUCCUCUCUGAACGUGGAGGGUCCGUCUCCCUGCCUGUUUGACUGGCUGGAGGUGCAGGAACAGAUUGAUCACAGCUCUCUGGUCACCAGGUUCUGUGGAAACGUAGCACCACCAACAGUCAACACAAACAGCAGCACUGUGUGGGUCACCUUCCGCUCUGAUAGCAGCAUUGCAGGCAACGGCUUCACAGCACAGUACAGGGCUAUUUUGCCUGGACACAAGAGCUGCUCCAGAGAAGAGUUCAUGUGUGACAGUGGUCGCUGUCUGUUGCCUGUGUCUGUGUGUGAUGGUCAUCCAAACUGUCAAGACCAAACAGAUGAGGCCAACUGCAGCCAUAAAAACAAGGAAUGUGGUGGGCUGAAGAAUGGACCACAUGGUUACCUGGCAAGUCCAAACCACCCCAAGCCUUAUCCUCACCAGCAGUUGUGUAUAUGGUACAUUUCUGUUGAGGAGGGGCACGUCAUCACACUGAGCUUCAGAAACUUCAGCCUGGAGACUCAGGAUGUGUGUGAGUUCGACUAUGUGGAGGUACACGACAGUGUCAACACUGGAGUUGGAAGAGCCCUGGGAAGGUAUUGUGGUACCAGCUUUCCACCAGACCUGACCUCCUCUGGCCCCCACAUGACUGUGGUGUUUGUAGCUGAUGAGGGAGUGGCUGACAGCGGCUUCAACGCAACAUAUCAAGCUGUGUCCCUACUAGAUAGGACAUGUGGUCCCAGCCAGUUUGCCUGCAGUACAGGAGAGUGUCUUCAGCCUCAGUUUUUGUGUGAUGGAUGGAAUGACUGCUCUGACGGAGCAGAUGAGCAGGGCUGCGGCAACUCCACCUACCCUCCCUUCACUUCAUCAUGUGAGCUGAUAGAUGUGGAGAUGUGUCAGGGCCUCAGCUACAACCUCACCUCCUUCCCCAACAUCUGGCUGUCCAUUGCUGAUCAGAGAGAAGCUGCCACACUCCUGCGACAGUAUCGGGUGCUGAUGGAACUGGCCUGCUUCGAGCCCCUGCGUAGGCUGGUGUGUGGGAUGUUCCUGCCUCAGUGUAGCUCUCACGGUGGCGUCCUCCAGCCCUGCCGUUCAGUCUGCUCUUCAGCCGAGCAGCAAUGCAGCCAAGCCCUGGACCUCUUCUCCUUCAGCUGGCCCUUCAACUGCCACCUCUUGCCUGACUCACAGGACCCCAUGGAGUGCUCGCUGCCUUGAUGCCUCAAUUACAAUGCAUUAAAGAUACUGCUGUGCUGCUAGUGAGAGAUUAUCAUACCUGGUCUGCUCCAAAACAGACAUCUGGCACCAGAUGGGUGUGUUUGAGGACUGAAAGGCUUGCACGAAAUAAAACUGGAGACCAGACUAGUUUUUUUCACAUCAGGUCCACAGCAUUCAGGAGUUGUGCUGUAGCAAGCAGACUGACUUCCAGCAAGACUACAUCCUUCAACAAACUACAACCUUUAAAGCCUGUAAUCUAGAAUAUUGUGGCAUCAUAGCAAUUUUUAAAGGAAGGCUGACACUUUGGCCACAGCUGACAUGACAAUUACAGGAGAAUGGCAAAUGUCUAAAUGUAGUGCUACAGUUGCACAAGUGGAGAAGAGUGAUGAAGUCAAUAAACUGGCUCGGCAACAUCUGUCGAACAGAGUUUUCUACCUAAACUUUUCAUUGCUUAUGAAGUUAGUUUUGCUUUACAGAAGCCAUAAAGGAGAUGAAAACUUGCUUUUAUCUCGUUUAGAUACCAACAAAGCUAAAUGAAAGUGGUCAAUCUCCAAUAACAAUCUUGUAAAUUGUCUUUUUUGCACUAUUUAUUGCUUUGACGUCAAUCAUGUAAAAAAAAACAAAAAAAAAACGAUCUCAUCUAUGAAUGAUACAGUCAGAAAUACAGUCAGUCACCAUUAUUGCAUUGUUCUUCAACACACGACGUCACGAUGUGCUAAUAUCAUUUCACUGUUUGUAACAGUCCAGAUUUGCUCUAGGGUGAGGUAAAAUGAAAUGCAGGCAGAAGUUGAAUCACACUGGAAAUAAUGACCUCUGUUAUAGAUUUUCCUUUGCUGAGCCAACGUGAUAAAAUGUAAUAAAUGCGAGCCUCAUGUUCAAUUCAUACGGCAAAAGUUACCUCAAUGACUCACUUAUUUAACUUGUUAAACUGCAUUUAAUUGGUAAGUGCUGGUACAGAACAUUUGGAGCUGAAUUAAAACAGGAUUUGUAAGAAUAAAAAAAUUAAUCAUAUUAAGAGGUUCAAGUAGGAAUUGAGGUGUAUUAAAAUACUGUUGUUACAUUGUAGGUGUUCUACAUCUCCGACAUCAACAAAGACUCUCAUAACGCCGUGAACACACCGAAGAGCGGCAAAAAGCAGUAUGCAGCGAGUUGCCAUGCAAACUCUAUGUAAACUGGCGGCCGCCGCACUUCACCGCCGCCGCCGCCACCUGCAGCCAAAAAAGAAGUUCAGAAUAGUUCAACUUUUUGUGGCAAAGUGCAGCAAGAGAAAACCUGCAGCCAAUCACUACAGAGUUAUCUGAUGUGUCAAAGUAUGUUUCAAUAAAUGUAUUCCCGCCCAAAACACAUUUAACAAUGGAAAAUAAACUUAUUGCGACUGUUUGUGCACAUCACAUAGUGUACAACAAAGCGUUGUACAGUUUAGUGUCAGUGAGUUUUGAAGAGAUGUUAUAUGUGCAUGUGGGUCAAUAAUUUCUCUGCUUCAUGUUCACUACCCACCUCACACACUCAAGUGAUAAAACAAGCUGUUUAUGUCAGUGACA